AUGUUCAGAAAUAACUACGACAACGACUCUGUCACCUUUUCCCCCCAAGGCCGGAUCUUUCAAGUCGAAUAUGCUCAGGAGGCCGUGAAACAAGGUUCGGUCGUUGUCGGGGUUGUGAGUAAGAAGCAUGUCGUCCUGACUGCUGUCAAGAGGAACGCAGAAGAACUAUCCUCAUACCAGAAAAAGAUUGUCGGCGUCGAUGAUCACCUCGGAGUUGCGCUUGCAGGGCUCGCCUCUGAUGCCCGCGUUCUUUCGAACUUCAUGAAGCAACAAUCACUGUCCUCCAAAAUGACCUAUGGUCGACCCAUACCAGUGGAACGGAUUGUUAAUAUGAUUGGUGACCGCGCUCAGUCGAACACUCAGCACUACGGUAAAAGACCAUAUGGCGUCGGGCUGUUAGUUGCAGGUGUCGAUGACCUGGGACCACAUCUGUUCGAGUUCUCGCCGUCCGGUCUUACGCAAGAGAUGCUGGCUUGUGCCAUUGGGGCCCGAAGUCAGAUGGCUCGCACAUAUCUAGAAAGACACUUGGAAGAGUUUGCAGAUUCCAGUCGGGACGAAUUGAUCAAGCAUGCAUUGCUAGCGUUGAAGGAGAGUCUGGCACAAGACAAAGAGUUGACUGUCGACAACACCAGUUUGGCGAUCAUAGGCGUGGGCGAGAAGAAUGGCAGAAAGAAGCUGGAAAACUUCAAGUUGUAUGAUGGUCAGGACAUUGCACCUCUUCUGGAGGCGAACGUGGAAUCUACACUGGCAGAUGAUGCGGAUGGUGAAGCUAUGGAGACGGAUUUGUAG